CACGCAGUAAAUGGGCGGAUCACGGACGUUCAUUAAACGCACCGCGACUUGGUCCUGCCGUCUUGUCUUUGGUCGCUGUAAGUCUCCCAAAGCUGUUAGUCAGAUUACUCGGGAAGGAAUUGAAGACUUCGCUUUUAAAAAAAGAAAGAAUAGUUUGUUUUAAUUUGAACGCUCCUCCGCUCGACAAUGUCCCUGCACGCCCGUGCUGCGUUUGAGGACCUGAGACCACUGUCCGCCAUCGGCAAACCAUUGGGCACCAGACGCUGCACAGGUUCUUUGCUGCAAUGCUAGUUUAUUUUAAGAGCGAACUACUCUGCUUCUCACAAUAAGCCUCGCUAAGCUGCUGGGGAAGUCGCUUAUAGAACUACUGAUUGUCGAGCGUGAGUGUUUUAGAUGCGACUGGACCAUGGAGACACACACCGAUGUGCUUCUUGUCACCGCCAACGUCGGCUCUCUCUUCGACAACGUGGGCGAAAUUCAAAAUGAAUGGCUUCAGGAGCUAUACAAGACCAUCCACAGCUACAAACCACAGUUCAUCGCCCUGCACUUUCAGGAGGUGGGAGGGAAAGACUACGUUGUCAACAUGGGGCUUGCAGAACAAUUCUUUUGGAGUAUUGAGUCCAGUCAAGAACUGAAAGACUUUGAUAAGCGCUGUAUCUACGUGGACAACCAGUUCCAAGCAGAAGAGAGCUUCACGGCAUUGGGCAGCAUGUACUUCAUCCACAAGACAUUAAAGAACAUCUGCCAGUAUGACUUCAGCGUUAAGGAUUUUAAAGCAGUGUCGGGACUGAACAAGCACGUGGGCUCUCUGGACGGGGUCACCAGCGUGGAAAAAGAAAAAUUUCCAAAGAAUUUCUGGCCUGAUUUCAAGUGGUCCAGGAAGGGCUUCAUGAGGACCCGCUGGAUCAUCCACAAUCGAGGGUUGGACCUGGUCAACAUCCACCUGUUUCACGAUGCCUCCAACCUCAUUGCCUGCAACUCCAGUCCUUCAAUUUACUCCGCAAACCGCAAAAAUGCACUGCGAUAUGUCAUCAACAGGAUAUCUGACAACUGCCACACUCCGAUGCCUUUCUUCCUGUUUGGAGAUUUUAACUUCCGUUUGGACACGCAGAGUCUGGUCCAGUAUCUGUCUACCUCAGCAGACGUCCAGACGGUGAAGAAGGACAGCACGAAUGAAGUGCAGAAAAUCAUAUGCGAGGAGAAAGCUGACCACCAGGUGCUUCUGCUCAUCGAGGACAAGCUCUUCACCUACCUGCACCAGGCCUUGUUCCGAGAAGACAAUGGCAAAGCGCUGCUGAAAUAUGACAAAGAAGUCACCGCCUUUCAUGAUGUUGUUAGAGAAGAGGGAAUCCAGUUUCCACCCAGCUACCCCUACAGUGAAGAGUACACUAAGCCAACCCAGUACAUGAACACUCGCUGUCCUGCAUGGUGUGAUCGCAUCCUGAUGUCGCACACUGCACAACAAUUCAUCCAUUGUGGCGCUGACGGUGAGAGGCGUGUUACAUACGACACACUGGGUCCUAAUGUCUGUAUGGGAGAUCAUAAGCCUGUUUUCUUGUUUUUUGCACUGAAGACAAACGAACAUUGACUGGGCGUCUUCUCGAUGGUGAACCAGUGAGUGUCCAUAUUGGUACUGGUUGUGGGAGAGAGUGUGUGUAGGGGAAGCGGGAAGUGGGCUGCUGAGUGGGAAAGCAGCAAUCUUGUUGUAAUCCCCAGAGAGACAUUACAGCCAGCAGAGUCGUGGUAUGAACUAAGAUGAAGCACCAGCGGGACAGCCGCUGUCCUUUGUGUCCACGUGCCAUCAGCACCUUUCACUGAUCUAUGUCUUUUACAUCCUCUCUACUGUCACUCUGGGUCCACAUCACAGCGCGUUACUAUGGCGACUAGGGAGAAGUACAUUGUAGCCAACGUUCCCUCUAAGUUGCGCGCCUGUGCAAUUGCACACUGCUCAAGCGUCCUCUGCGCACGGCAAAUCUAUGCCACGCACAAAAUCAAAUAAAAAAAAUAAGCGCAUAACAAUUUUCGACACACGGACACGACAGAGAAAACGGUUUUCGUCAUCAUUGUUAAAAUAUUGUAACGUCUGUCGAGACGCUUUGAGGACAUGAAUUCCAUCGAUCACUUUACUGAGCAAAACUCUUUAUUGUCGGCCAUAAACACAUCACCAAAACAUUAGUAAAAAAAAUUAUAUCUAGCAAAACUGGUCAUUUUCUGCAGUACAAACCAGACCAACACCAACUUUGUUAUAUCAACAGCAGCCGCUCGCUCUUUCUCACUUGCGCCAACACAUGCACAUAUGGCACUUAGCCAGUGAUGCGUUUACAGCCACACAAAAAGUCGGACAACUCCAACACCACACAUAAAGUGUCAUUCCAGGUCGUUACACUAUGAUUCACCAAUCAAAUGUGUGCUUAUUCUAGUGUCAUUUAUUAGGAAUCUUAAUUUAUAAAUAUUAAUCAUGAAAUGCUGUUAGUAUAUUAAAUAAAUACUAAUAAAAAUAUAUUUUUUACAAACAGGAAGUUGCAGCAAUGUACACAUGAUCCCCUGCUUACAUCUCAUUGUGCAACAUGUGAAUGUUUUAAUGGGAACUAAAUGCAAUGUCUGAAAGGGGUACAAAUUAUUUCCAAAGCAGGACCUCCACCCAGACAAACAUUACAAGUACACAGUUCAUGAAAAACCAUAUUUUUUGUUAUUGUCAUUGUAAGUGGGCCUAAACACUUAUAUUAGAAAAUAACCUCAUGGAAAUGACUGCUGUCAUUUGAUUAUAAUAAUAAGAGAAUGUUGUCUGUCUAUCUGUGUUGGCCCUGCGAUGAGGUGGGGACUUGUCCAGGGUGUACCCCGCCUUCCGCCCGAAUGCAGCUGAGAUAGGCUCCAGCACCCCCCGCGACCUCGAAAGGGACAAGCGGUAGAGAAUGGAUGGAUGGAUGGAGAUUGAACUUGUUAUUUAGUCACGUUUGGGACAGGUGUGCUGCUGGUGUAGCCACAGUGUGCACGUCUGAUGUUGCUCACAUGGGCUCCACUGCACGCUCAGGGAGUUUUUGCGUUUGCUCACACACAUGAAAAAUUAGAGGGAACAUUGAUUGUAGCCCACAGGAUAUUGGCAUUUUUAUGGCCAUGAUUUUUUGGUUUUGCUGCCAUUUAUAUGGACUUUAAAGAUUAAAGAUUAAAGUACCAAUGAUUGUCACACACACACUAGAUGUGGUGAAAUUUGUCCUCUGCAUUUGACCCAUCCGCUUGGGGAGCAGUGGGCAGCAGCGGCGCCACGCCCGGGAAUCAUUUUGGUGAUUUAACCCCCAACUCCAACCCUUUGUUGCUGAGUGCCAAACAGGGAGGUUAUGGGUCCCAUUUUUAUAGUCUUUGGUAUGACUCGGCUGGGAUUUGAACUCCAACCUAAUGAGGAUGACUACUGUUUAAAGAAAACCUAAAUAGUUCCCGUAAGACAAUUAUGUCUUGCAUGAACCGGAUCAACUGGGUGUGUUUUUGGCUCCAAGUCUUUUCUGUCAUUAACAACACUAAAUAGGCCCUAGUGUGGGAAUGUGAGUGGGAAUGUUGUCUGUCUAUCUGUGUUGGCCCUGCGAUGAGGUGGCGACUUGUCCAGGGUGUACCCCGCCUUCCGCCCGAUUGUAGCUGAGAUAGGCUCCAGCGCCCCCCGCAACCCCGAAGGGAAUAAGCGGUAGAAAAGGAUGGAUGGAUGGAACUUUCAAAAGUCAACUAACUGUAAUUGACUUUUGUAUCUUUUUUCUGUGGGUGUGCGUCUCUUCACCCGGUGCAGGAACGUGCAACCACAACGGCCUCGGGAAAACGAAACAAACUGUCUGAAAAAAGCUCCAGUGACUUGAAAGUUCUGAUGUCCUCUGAUGGGAAGUUACAAGCCUUCUCCGUCGUUUCCUACAAACUAACCUUUCACUUUUUAAUAGAAACUUUUUUUAUUUGAUUUUUAUGCAUCAUCAAGAGAUGUUUGUUCCCUAUAGACACCAAUGAAUCCACUUUCAGCUGUAAAUGUUUGUUAUUAUAGCCUGGCGACUUUGUUUCUGUGUCUUGCCAACUUAUUUGUUUUACUAAGUUGUUUCUGUGGGUGUGAUUUUGUUGACAUUUUAUACCGUUUGUAGUCAUUUAAAAUAACUUUUACGAGAUUCUUUCCACACAAUAUUAAUUUUACAAUAGGUUUUCUACAAUAGGUGUGGAGCACAGAUGAAUGGAUUUAUACACUCCAAUUUAUUCAACCCUCAUUUUAAAUUAGUAAAUAAUUUAAUAAUAUUGAAUAUAUAAUUACAGUAAACAAGGGUUUACUGUAUUCUUUAGUGAUCUGCCUCAAAUGGUGUUUGAAGUUGAUUUUCUCAACUUAAGAUGAACGAAUUGGUCCCACAAAUUACAUUUUAUUACAAUUACAAUUACAUCAAAACUAUAUUGUUAGUCAAUAAUAAAAGGUAUUUUUUUCUUGCGUAUAUUUACAUUUUUGCAGCAAAAAAAAAAAAUUGCUUUGGUGUUUUGCCACAAAAAGGCAAAGACACUUUACGUUUGUAGUCGUUGCAAAUAAAUAUGAUUUACAAAACUUUUGAGUGGAACUGCAGGUCUUUAAAUGCAGCCUAUGAAGGCUGCAGCAGCUGAAUUGGAAACUAGAUUGAGUCACUCUUUCGUUCCUUCCGUCCUUACUUCCUUCCUUACAUCAUUGCCAAACUAAUCCCGUACUGCACUCUCCUUGUGUACUGUACAGUCUGUCAUACAGUCGUCAUUCAUUUUAUUUGAUUUUUCUUCCUAAUAGUCAAAUAUUGUAUAUUUCAUCUCUUUGCAUGUGUUUUUGUUCUGGCUUUAAUGAUGUGGAAAAAGGGCUGGGUGUUCAAUGACACUGUGCUGCUGUAACACGUUUAUUCACACCAGAAUGUUCUUUUGUGCAUAAGUUUUGAUAUAUGGUUUGACUUUUAUGUACAUGCGUGUGACUUAAUGCAAUUAAACACAAAAAAUGCAGCUGGAAAGCAAUAAACAACACUGAGUUUGCAUGA